AAACAAAUUUAUGGGUUUUGGAGGUUUCCACGGCGAUUUCAACAACAUAGCACGAGCUUCGGAUCGUCGUCCUUUUCCACAGAAUCUCGACACAAACCCAUUUAUGAAGAAUCAUGAGUGUUACAGUCAGAGCAAGGAUGGUGGUCUUGAUUUGUGCAAAAAGCUUAACGAAAUGGGUAUCUCUUGCGACAAGAGUAUCUGGAGCAAACCGGAAGACUUUGGGUCUCGUCAUGGGUGGUUCCACAACAAUCUCCCUUGUCGGAUUCCCGAUGGGUUUCGCAACCUUUCUUCUUCUCAUGGUGUUGGAGUCUCGCCGGUAAAGCUUAGAUUGCUUGCCUCUCAAGAUUACGGGUUUGAAGAGAUGAUGGCUCUUAAGAAUCACAGAGAUUUUCUCGCCAUCAAGCGUCUGUUUGAAGAAGAUAGAGCCCUAGCCGCCAUGGAAGGUCGUUCUUAUGCUGAGGAUAGUCGUCUCAGAGGCGUCUCCCUUGGGACCGAUGCGUUGAUGUUUGAAGGAAAAACGGUUUCUCGAGCCCUAGCCGCCAUGGAAGCUUCUGGAUGUUCUUAUACAAAGAAGAGUACUAGCAGUUUGCCCCCGAAUCUCGCCUGCAUGGUCAACAUCUACGGAUCUGUGAGUUUAAUGGCCAAAGAUCAAAUCGGUUGCAGGGCUUUGCAGAAACUGGUGGAGGAAGGAACGUUUCAUGAUUUCAACGCUAUAUUCCGUGGAAUCAUUAACCAUCUCAUCCAUGUUUCAAUGGAUCAGUUUGGGAAUUACUUGGUCCAGAAGAUGAUUGAUUUGUGUGAUGAGGAGCAGCGAACGUUGAUUCUGAGUGUGUUGACCUCAAAACCACUCGACCUAAUCCAAAUCUGUCUCAACAAUUACGGGACACGGGUUGUCCAGAAGAUGAUUGAAAGCGUGAAAACGAAAAAGCAGAUUGAGAUGGUGAAGUCAGGUCUUGAACCCUGCUGUCUUGCUCUUGUCAAAAGUUUGAAUGGCAACCAUGUCAUUCAGACUUGCUUGACAUCUCUUGGUCCUAAAGACAACAAGUUUGUGGUGGAAGUAGCUACAAAGUACUGUGCUGAGAUAGCAACUCAUCGCCACGGCUGCUGUUUGCUUCAAUGCUGUGUUGCAAACACUGCUGGAGAACAACGUGAGAGACUCGUCGAUGAGAUAUCUAGAAACGCACUUCAACUUUCUCAGGAUCCUUUUGGGAACUAUGUGGUGCAGUACAUAAUAGAGCAAAAUGUUCCAGCAGGAAAGUUGCUGACGCAGUUUAGAAUGCAGUACGCCAAGCUAGCAACUCAGAAAUUCAGUAGCCAUGUGGUGGAGAAAUGUCUUAAGCAUUAUCCAGAGAGCCGAGCUGAGAUUGUCCGCGAGCUCACCUCUGCUCCAAACUUUGAAUAUCUCCUGCAGGAUCCUUUUGGAAACUAUGUUAUUCAAACUGCUCUUUCUAAAACCAAAGGUCGUGUUCAAGCAAAGCUGGUGGAGCAAGUUAAUAAGUAUGGGAUACUGAAGUCGAACCCUUAUUGCAAGAAGAUAUUCUCCAAAGGUGCCUUGAAGAAGAAGUGACUUUGCUUAACAAUAAAAAUAAUCUUGUUGUUUUGUGCUUCAAGAUCAUAUCGGCUUUAACAUAA